ACGCGCUGCGCGGGGCGUGGCGGCGGUUUAAAUUGCGGCGGGCUGUGCACGGUGUGGGGUUGUUUGCUGCGGGGAUGGCGGUGCUGCGGCCUUUCGACAAACUCCCGGCGCUCAACUCGGCGGCCUUGCUGCUGGUGGGGCUCGGACGAAGGGCUCCAGAUGAAGCUGGCGGAAGCGAUCCUCCGAAGAAGAAGGAUUUCAAGAUCAGCAUUCACCUUGCUACAUCCCUUCCCUUACCUGCUGAGGGGGAUCAGCUUCGGCCCAGGAUAGAUCUGAUUGUGUUUUUGAUUGACAUCAAGAGCAAACACAGCUUAAAGACUGUUGAAGCUUCCCUAGCUUAUGUGGAUGCCAGCUUCUUCCUGGGGAAAGUGUACUUCCUUGUCACUGGGGUUGGCAGGAUGAAUUGCUGUAGUGUGACUAUGAAUGACAUUGGGAAACUGGGAGAAGUCUACUGCAGUCCUGUGCUAUUCUGUGAGUUGGAGUUGGACAGCAUUCGAGUUUCCACUGCUCAGCGUCUUCUCAGAAUAUUAAAGAUCUGUGCUGGUCACGUACCAGGAGUUUCUGCCUUGUCCUUUAGCUUACUGAUGAAGAAGUCUGCUGAAAACUAGCUUCUCAUGAUAAUUCAGUCACAUUCAUCAGGUUUUUCACUUCAGGCAUUCAAGCUGCCUACAGUUGGAAUCGCACUGGGAAGCUUUCUUUGCCUGACUUGUCACGACCACUCAUCCAGAGCUGUUCCUAUUUGUUAAUCUGUCCAGAAAAAAGCUUGAUUUGUGUUCAGUGGAUAACGUAGAGGUGCUGAGCAGAGGGCAGUUUGAACUGGGGUUUUCUAUCCAUCACUACAUCUGAAUUCCAUUUAAUCAUCAAGAUUGAGUUUGAUCCACUCUGCCAGUGGCCAGGAGCUACGGAUUUUCCUGAAAGAGUAUUGGAAGAACAGGCCACCGUCCCAAGCGUCAUGUGUCACGGUUGAGUAUCUUCAUUUCAGGGUCCCCAAAGUACUAGAGAAAAGGCAGCAUCGAAAAGAAGAAAUGCAGCACCUCAGACUAAUGUGACACCUUGCUGCCAGGUUUUGUCUCCCCACCUAGAGAAAAAUGGAGAAGGAAAGCUGUCCUGCAGCUUCCAGAUAGACUGGAAUUGGCAGUUAAUGAUCCAGCUGUGUGAGCAUCUGCCCACUGAAGGGCUCAGUAUUUCCAUGCCUGAUAUCUAACUGGGGAGGAAGGAAUGAAAGAAAAAAAAAAAAUCUGGCACUUAAGUUAUUGUUCAGAUCUUUAAAAGAAAAGGCUCCAUCUCUCAAGUCUAGAAUAACAAGCAACCCUAGUCUGUCAACCUCAGGAGGACCCUAGCAACCCAGCCUCGGGGGCUGACCAGAGAUAAAGUGUGUCAGGCUGGACCACAGCAACAAACAGAAAAUGUAUCUCCUCUUUUGCAAGUUGGGCCUUUGUUAUGUUCUAAUCUCUUAACUGAUACGUUUUUGUCAGUAGUAAUUCAUGCCUUAUUCUUACUGAAAGUUGGUAAUGUGUUUUGGAGUCCUAAGUUAAUAAAAUGUGUAAUAUUUGUU